ACUUGUCUAUUGCAUAAAAAAAGGAAAAAAUUUUCAUAAAUUUUAUCAAGUUUUUUUCGUAUAGUUGGUAAAAAAAAAUUUUCUAAAGAAAUCAAGUUUAUUGCAAAAGUAAAAGAAAAGUGAACAAAGCAAUUGAAAAAGUAUAGAAAGUGUAUAUGCAUAACAAAUAUAUUUGAUAACACAUAUGUAUAUUUGAAGUGAAGCAAUAUUUAGUAUAUCUUGCAUCAUCUCUCUUGUGAUCAUCCGAAAGAAAAAAAAUUCGUCAAAUUGUCCGUCGAAAUAAACGAAUGCGGAAAUAAAGUGGUUUUUCAUUUGGAUGAAUGCGACCAUGAAGUAACAAAUCUACAUUGUAGUAAUUGACGUACCGCCAAACUAUAUUUUAUGGUUUACAACAGUAAGACAACUUGAUUAGCAUUCUAUAUACUCUUCAUAUCUAAUACAUAGCCAUCAGCUGGUUGAAGUCAUUCACCGUAUUUGUCACCGCAAACACCACACUUCAGAACGAAAACACAUCAAAGUUCAAGCGUUCAAUGUAACCUUUUUAUAUUAUUGGUUUUUUGAGAAACGAGAACUAAGGAGAGAGAUAUAGAGAGAGAAGGAGAUAGAAAAAUAAUAUCGUCGUGUCUGUGCACCAGUACUUAUCGAUUCGAUUUUUAAAAAAUAUUACUUUCAAAUGAUAUGAUGCCGGAACGAAAUUCAAAUUCGAAUUAUGGUUGCAUCUGUGUGACCGAUGACUUUUUAGUGUUAGAAUUGUCAAAAUUAGAAUCAUCAGUGCAUAGAAAAAUUAAUAAUUUCAAAAAGACUAUUUCGUAAAUUCGAUCGAGCAUACAACAACAACAAAAAAAUCACACAAAAUCCUUAGUUACUGUUUCGCCUCUUUUCGCCGUAAACCAAUUGUGAUAUCUAGAAGAAAAAAAACACACACACAUUUCCGCAAAAUACCUGUUAUAAUUAGAAAGAACUACAACGAGAUAGAUUAAUUUAGAACGAUAUAGCCACAAAUUUAAAUGCUAACCGUAAAAACUGAUAAUAAUAAAAUGGCUGCAAUGAAAACAAACGGAACCACUCGCAAGACGAACCUAUUUUCCCACAUUCGUUAUGAGCAUAUGGUUGCUGGAUUCUCUGGUGGUGUAACUUCAACGCUCAUCUUACAUCCAUUGGAUUUGAUCAAAAUUCGUUUCGCAGUGAACAAUGGUCGAACAACGACAGCACCGCAAUAUCGUGGCCUUAGUAGUGCGUUCAUCACAAUUUUUCGGCAAGAAGGUUUAAGUGGUCUAUACAAAGGUGUUACACCAAAUGUAUGCGGCUCGGGCAGUGCAUGGGGUUUUUACUUUUUGUUUUAUAACACCAUCAAAACUUGGAUACAAAAGGGUAAUACAACAACACCACUUGGUCCGACAUUGCAUAUGGUGGCGGCCGCUGAAGCGGGCAUUUUAACAUUGGUUAUGACAAAUCCAAUUUGGGUUGUAAAGACGCGACUAUGUUUACAGUACGGCCGAGAUGGUGAUACGCCGCAAACACGAUACAAGGGAAUGAUCGAUGCGUUAGGAAAAAUUUAUCGUGAAGAAGGUGUUCGUGGACUUUAUCGGGGUUUCAUUCCGGGCAUGUUUGGCGUUAGUCAUGGUGCUAUCCAAUUUAUGACAUAUGAAGAAAUGAAAAACAAGUACAAUCAGUAUCGACAGGUUCCGAUUGAUACGAAAAUGGGGACAACCGAGUAUUUAGCAUUUGCAGCAAUAUCUAAGUUGAUAGCAGCUGCUGUCACAUAUCCAUAUCAAGUAGUUCGGGCACGGAUGCAAGACCAUCAUCAUACGUAUGCGGGCACAUGGGAUUGUAUAAGGCAGACAUGGAGAUUCGAAUCUUGGCGCGGUUUCUAUAAAGGAUUGGGCGUUAAUAUUUUACGAGUCACACCGGCCACAGUCAUUACAUUUAUUACCUAUGAGAAUAUCGCACACUAUCUUAUGAACAAAAACAAAAUUUAAUUGCCGAAAUAGUAUCGAUGCCAUUCAUCGAACGAAAUCAGUGGCUAUUUUCAGUUUUUUGCAAUUAGCCAAAUACCAAAUCUUAUAUCAAAAUAAAUGAAAACAUUACAAACAA